ACUGACCGACAGACGCACCGGAGGACCGGACAGUUUCACGGCUGAGGAUGAAGAUAAAACACGUCCUGAGAGGGAAUUAACCAACUGCAGCUCGUCUCGCGUUGUUUCAUAAAACAAAAUCCUUAAAAUCAUAGGACGAGACCGGGUUCAUAAGAGAAUCGCGAUUUGAAAAGUGUCCUUGUUAAAGAGCAGAUGGGCGUGAGCUGAGACGACAGAAGGUUUAGAAGCGACAGAGAGAUCGGCGGGUGUCGCCUCGCUUCCCGGGGUGGAGAUGACGGAUGAGACGUGGGAGAGCGGCAGCUUCACCAGCCCCUCGCCGGGUCUCCCUCUGUUCCUGCUCAUGUUGAACGGCAGCGAUCUGAACGAGACGCUGUUCAACCUCACCAACUCCACCGGCCCCGACGUCUCCUCGGGCACCAGCGUGGCCGGCGUCCUCAUACCGCUCAUAUACAUAAUCGUGUGCAUCAUCGGCCUGGGCGGGAACACGCUGGUGAUUCACAUCGUGCUGCACUACUCCAAGAUAGAGUCAGUCACCAACAUCUACAUCCUCAACUUAGCCAUCGCCGACGAGCUCUUCAUGCUCGGUUUGCCUUUCCUCGCGGUGCAGAACACGCUGCAGAUGUGGCCGUUCGGCUCGUUCAUGUGCCGCCUGGUGAUGACCGUCGACUCCAUCAACCAGUUCACGAGCAUCUUCUGCCUCACCGUGAUGAGCAUCGACCGCUACCUCGCCGUCGUGCACCCCAUCCGCUCUUCAAAGUGGCGUCGCCCUCAGGUGGCCAAAUUAGUGAACGGCACCGUAUGGGCAUUGUCGUUCCUCGUCGUGCUGCCUGUGGUGAUCUUCGCCAACAUCCAGCGGACGGGCGGUAGGCCUACGUGUAACAUCGCCUGGCCGCAGCCGGCGAACAUCUGGCGCGCGGCUUUCAUCAUUUACACCUCCACGGUCGGAUUCUUCUGCCCUCUCCUCAUCAUCUGCCUCUGCUACCUGAUCAUCGUCUUCAAGGUCCGCAGCUCGGGGAAAAAGGUCCACGCCACCUCCACCAAGCGCAGAAAGUCGGAGCGAAAAGUGACGCGCAUGGUCGUGAUUGUCGUCGCCGUGUUUGUGUUCUGCUGGCUGCCCUUCUACGCCCUCAACAUCAUCAACCUGCUGGUGGCGCUGCCCGAAGAGUACCAGGGGCUUUACUAUUUCGUCGUCGUGCUCGGCUACGCUAACAGCUGCGCCAACCCCAUCGUCUACGGCUUCCUGUCGGACAACUUCAAGAGGGGUUUCCGGAAAGCCCUCUGCCGCUCCACGAGAAAAGUGGAGAACCACGAGCCCAUGGCGCGCCAGCAGGAGCAGAAAGAAGGCCGGAUGGCGCUCAUGCCCAGGGAGAGCCUGAGACGGGUGGUCAGACGCGAAGAAGACGAAGAUGAGGAAGACGUCUCGGAAAUGACCGAGAUCUACAGAAUCGCCGAAAGUAGCCACAGCAGCUUCCAGCCGCAGAGCUCGCAGCCGCUGUUGUCCGAGAAAGCGACGACUCCUGGAGCGACGGAGCUGUCGUCCCCGGACAGGAAGGACAAGUCUGGGGACGUGAAGGGGAAAGAUCUCGCCAACGGCUCCACGCUGACCGUACCGUUGCUCCUCAAUGGAAACAAAAACGGGAGCAUUAAAACUCUGCCAGAGGAACACUUGGAACAGAGCGCCUCGCUGGAGAUCAGUUACUUAUAGUGUUCAUAAGGAUGGAGAUUACAGUAUUACAACGCAGCGUGGAAAUAAAACUAAAUAAUAACGAAAACUUUAGAAAAACUCAAAUGGACUCGAAGCUCCUUUGACAUUUGAAGAAGUUUUCCCAACAUACAGAAUGUAUCUCUGUUUAUAUCGUGUACAUAUGCAUGAAUAUAAAUGUACAAGUUGUGCCUUUAUCUACUUUUGUCACACGUAUCUUGUUGACUUGUAGCCUUUUAGUCCAUAACGUGCGUAGAUUUGAAUGUAUUUAGGCUAAAAUCAAAUUAACUGCAACCAUCAAUGUAUUUAAGUUAAUAAUCACAUGCCUGCAAACACAUCUGUUAAUUAUGUUUAUAUUUGAAAUGUAAUUGCUAAGUUGUUUGUAAGUUGGAUGGGUGUGUAAAGUGCAGGAGGAGGUUAGGUUGUAAGUUUAUUUAAACCUUAUCUUAAACAAAGUGCUGCCAGUACCUGAACGUGAACGUAACACAGUUUAAUCUUUUUCCAACAGGAUGUUGUAGGAAAACUAAUGUCAGGACGUAAGCGGCCUCAUGCAGGAACAGUUUUCUUUAACACGAUCAACGGCCAUAAAACUGCCACACAAGCUGCUCUGCUAAAGUUUCAUUCAUAAAAGAAGUUACCAAAGAGUAGUCGCUUUCAGGACUAAUGUAGGACUCAAGUUUAAGAUUUAAUAUAUAUUAUAUCCUUUCCAUCUGCACACAGUAACAACCGACAGACGAGCUGCGGGAUAAAAUCAGUUAAUUAACAAACCACGAAGAUGAUGAUCGUUAUGUAUUUUUAUUUUACUCUACGCGAGACACUGCAGGCAAACGCAUGUGUUUUCAUGCACGAGUCCAUUUAAGGGUUUGUCUCUUCUAGCUUUUUAUUUUACUAACUUUGUGUAUUCGUGUGUGCAGAUUUCUCCUAAAUUCACCAGAAAUUAGCGUUACAUAAUCCCAAAUUUGCAUAUUUAAGGGUUAAGUAUCUACAGGGGAAGUUUCAUGUUGAUAUUAAUUUAUCUUUUUACCCUUUUCAGCUGCAGCGUCUUUCAAACUGUAAGACAAAUCUUUAAAUUACAUUUUCUUAGACUCAUUUUACAGUUUACAUGCACCAAACUUUCAUUCCUCUCUAUAAUCUGAAGCUUUUUACAGAGAUUUAUUCCUAAAAACAUGACAAAAUGUUCGAUUCUAAAACUCUUGACUCGUAAUUAACGAGUUGUUCUUGCAGGAGAACAAAUGUUUCCUCGUUAUGUUGCUAAAAAAUGUAAUUCAGGCGUUAAAUUAGCAGCAUAAAGACGUAAUGUGAGAGAAGGGGAAGGUGCACGCAUUCACUUGACAAAGAGUUCACAUUGAACAUUUAAAAAACAUUGUUUAUGAAUAUUAGCGUGUGUGUAUUAGCUGUUAGCUGACGUGUCUGUGGUGAUUGUUGUGCGUUUGCUGAUCUCGUUGCACAUUUAUCAAACGACAUCGCUUUAAAUAUUAUAUCUGUUAAUUAUAAACUAAUAAACACAUUUAAAUAGAUUAAAACAGGUUGUUCUGGAAGGUCUUGUGAAGAUAAAUUAUUUGCUACAGCUUGUACGACCCUGUCAAAAAUGUAAAGUUAAUAAUUUACCAUUGUGUUAUCAGUUUAAGUUGUAUCCCUAAUGUGGCUCAGAAACAUUUUUAGGAAUGUCAGUUAUCAUGUUAAACAAACAAAUGUCGUGCUUUGUGUAAACCUGCACGUUACUGAUACGGUGCUUUUACAGAGCAUUAAUAUUCUUUAUCAGACGGAUUCAAGGACUCCACAGAAGCUCCGGGCGACAUUAGCCGCUGCAUACGAAUCAUUUGCAUUGUGGGUAAUGUAGGCGGCAGGUUUGUUUGACAAGGAAGAACAACGUGUGGAAUAAAAAAGAGGAACUCUGGUUCUGCUGCAUCCAUUUUGAUGAUCAUAAUAUUACAUUGUAACGCCGUGUUAUGGCUAUUAUUGUAGGAACUUUUUUUAAAAUAAUGGAGCCAGGAGUAAAAAACUUUGCACGCACAAAAUGUGUGAAUGUUUUCUCAUAAUUUAACGACUUUAGAUUUUUGUCAUAAAUAUACGACUUUAAUCUUGAAAAUUCUGAGUUUUCGUCUGAAUAUUGUUAGAUUGAUGCAUUAGUGCGUCAAUAAUGACACAUUUAAUGAUAUAAUACAUUUAUUUCUACUGUUAUUGCUAAAGAUCCUCUUCCAUCUCACAUGUUACUGUGUAUUGAGUAUUUACUGUCCACCACUAUGCAGGUAAAUAAAAGUCAUUCAUCAGAAAUGUCACUCGUUCAUUCAUGAGUGUAAACCAAGCUGACAGUGAGCUGAUUGUAAAUACAGAGAAACUGGGUGUUACUGUGUCGCUGCUGUCAGCUGCACGCCCACGCUGCUGCACCGCUGAGGAGGAGCUUCAAAUCUUCAUUAAA